AUGUGUGCAAGGAUUUUGUUUCUCUGUUCUUACUUACAGAUGCCACCACAGAAGUGGGCAAUGCCCUCCAUGAGACAUGAUACUUGUUUUGGACUGACCCCUAAAUUAUUCUUCAGUCCUGGCACGUUCAGGGGCCUAGAUGCUCAUGUUCAACAGUGGGCACAAAAGAAGAGAUGGGAAUCCUGGAGGAACCUCCAGGAAUCAGGGGCAAAAUACCCGCUCUCUUGGCAGCACUCAUGUCAGUGCCCACCUCGGGACUGCCAUACCCCUUCUGAGCCUGCCUUUUGCACCACCUCCUUUUCAAGCACCUGUAUGUUCCCUCAGGACAGUUCUUGGGAUGUACGGCAGGUACCCUGGUGUUUUAGUGAUGAGCACACUCACCUGCUUUGCAAGCCACUGCUCCCUGACCUGAACAAAUAUCAUCAAAGGAUGGAAAAACCGCUGGUCCACUCCCAGGAAAAGUUGGUGCCAUUGGAGCCUGUUGUCAGCAUGAGGUCCCAUCCCACCUCCAUGACUUUAGCCACUGUUCUCCCAAACCCUCCUUUAUCUCAGAGGCCACAGUUCUGCUCCAGAGAAUUCCUGCCUUUUUUUUCCAACCAACAAGUGGGAAUACCCACCUGGAAGUCCUGGGACUGUCCAGAAGAGGCCUGGGCACCAGGGAGGGAAAACCAGGUACUAAGCACAGAGGAUAUUAGAGAGACCCAGGCUCCAGAGUGGGCAAACCAGAGAGACAGCAGUAAGGAGGAUGCUUGGGAGAUUGAGACAUCUCAAAGGCAACUCCCAAUAAACUUUGGGCUGGAGGACAAUGCAGAGACUAAGGUUCUGGAGUGGGAAAGCCAGAGACUAGUGAUAACUAAAACUGAUGGAGAGAUCCUGACAGCAGGGUGGGAGAACCAGGACCACUUGGGAGUUGAGAAUAAAGCUAAAAUUCAGGAACUAGGGAAGAGAAGAAGCCAGAAGGAGGCUAGAGGUGAGAAUCCUCCGGAAACCCAGGCACAUAUAGUAGAGAACCAGGAACAGUUAAGAUGGGAGAGCGAAGGAGAGACCCAGUCCCAAGGAUUCGGGAAGCACAGCCAGGCCAGAAGUGAGAAUGGUGAGGCAUGCCAGGAGCCAUGGUGGAGAAAACAAGAUGAGAUUAGAGGUGAUGCUGGUACAGAAAUUCAGGCAGAAGAGAGGAGAAACCAGACCCAGGUUGGAGGUGAGAAUGUUGUACAAACCCAAGUAUCUGGAAAGGGGAACCUGGGAGAAGUAAAACAAGAGGAUGGUAUAGAUAUCCAGGCCCUGGGGUGGGGAAAACAGGAAUGUGUUGAUAUUGAGACUGCUACAGAAACCCAGACACCAGGGUGGGGGAAGCAGGAUCAGGGUAGAAGUGAGAAAGCUAGAGAAGAGUUCCAGAAACAACUAAGACAUGAAUUUCGAGUGGGAUGGGGAAGCCAAGGCCUGAGAAAAGGCAAGGGUGCAGGGGAAACCCACAUAUCUAGAAGGAAGAACCUCAGGGAGAUAAGAGAGGAGGAUUGGGUAGUGAUCCAGACACCAUGGUGGGAAGACCAGAGACCAUUAGCAAGUAAAAUUGACAGAGAAUUUGAGAUAUUUUGUUGGGGGAAUCAGGACCAGAUUGGAAGUGAACAUAGAGCAGAAAUUCAGGCACCAAAGAAGAGAUACCAGAGAAAGGACACAGAUGAAGAUAGUAUAAAUACCUUGGCACCUGAGGUAGAGAACCAGGGACAAGAAACUCAUGUAGACACCCAUCCACCAAACAGGAGGAACGAGGAGCAGUUUGGAGAUGAAACUAGUACAGACAUUCAGGUGCCAGAAAUGGAAAACUUGAGAGAGGUUAAAGGUGAAGACGGCAAAGAGACCCAGGAACUUGGGGAAGAAAACCAGGGUCAAUUAAACAAUGAAAUUAAUGGAAAGAGUCCCACGCCAAAAUGGAAGAAUCAGGUACACAGAAGCAAGGAUGGUGCAAAUACUCAGGCAUCUGACACAGAGAACUGGGAAGAAUUAACAAGUAAAAUUGAUGGAGAAACUCAUUCAGCAGAAUGGAAGAAAGAGGAGCAGGCUGGAGGUGAGAACGGAACAGAAAUUCAGGCACCAGAGAAGAGAAACCAGAGAGAACCUGGAAUUGAGGAUGGUGUAGAGAUUCAGAGACCUGAGAGAGAGAACCUGGGACAGUUAGAUAGUGAAAUUGGAGAGAACUAUUCACCAGGGUGGAGGAACUGGGAGCAGAGUGGAGGAAAGAACGAUGAAGAAAAUCAGACAUUGGAGAAGAGAAACCAGAAAGAGGUUGGAAGUGACGAUGGUGAAAAGAUCCAGAGACUUAGGGGAGAGAACCAGAGACUGUUAAAAAGUAAAAUUAAUGGAAAGACCUGUACAUCAGAGUGGAAGAACCAGGAGCAGAUUGGAGAGGAAAAUGGUGCAAAAAUACAAGAGAAGAGAAACCUGAGAGGGUCCACAGAUGUUGAGGAUAGAGAGACCCAGGCUUCUGGGGGAGAUUACCAAGAACAGCUAAGAAGUCAACUUGAUGGGGAGAUCAAGAUAAAAGGGCAAGAGUCCCAGAAAGAGGGUGGAGAUGAGGAUGCUGCAGAAAUCUGGGAUGUAGGGAGUCAGAGAAAGUGCAGAGCUGAGGAUGCUGGAGAAACUGGAGUUCCAAGGGGAGGAAUCAAGGACCAGGUCAGAGAAUGGGAUGCUGCUAAAGGCAAUCUCCGAGUUGACUGUUCUGGGGAUGAGGGGCCCCCAGUCCUCACUGGCUCUGGGUAUGGGGCCAUGGAACAGGAACAAGCAGUGGCCUCUGCUACCUGCCCUAAGAUGAAGCCUCUCCCCCACGGGGGUGAACUCUUCUUGCUCUCCAGUGGGGAGGGAAAGCAUUUGGCCAGCCAGAACACAGCCCCUGCCAGGAAGCACAGAGUGGGGAUCAGUCUAGCUUCCCCACAAGCCCCACCUAAAACCCCAAGAAGCCAACAAAGGGACAAAAGAGUGGAUCCAGAGAAGGCCUCUGGUCUGGUCUGGCAGCUCCAGAACCCACAGUCUCUGGCUGCUUCCCCGAGCCUACCCUCUUCCUGUUCCUCUGACUCGUGUGGCCAAGCCCCCCAAGCUGCCACAGCUCUGGUGAGUGUUCCUUCUGCUCUCACUGUCCUGCCCAAGUGGCCAGUCCUUAAGAAGAGCCAACAAUUGCUCCUGGAGUCCCUCAUGCGGCGGAAGAUUGCACACUUGAAGUGGGGGAUCCCCCAGCGGAUCCUGGAUUCCCAUUUGUUCUUUAACAUGUUAGAUCCAUGCCAACUUCCCUUUGCUGAGAUGUGGCUCCAAUGGCAGCAGGAAAAGGUUUGUGAAACCCAGGGCUCCAGACCAGGCCUUAAGUCCCCUGGGAAGUCCCAGAGGGUUCAACUUCCAGAAAGAAAAAGCUCAAAACUUUCUACACAAGCCAGAGCUCUGGAGACACGUGGGCCACAGGGAUCAGAGCCCAAGAGCAUUUUCAUCCAUCCCCCAAAACCUCGGAGAGUCAGGCCACCAAGGGGCCCCAGAGAAAGACAGGGUGUCCAGGAAGAAGUUCCUCCUAGGGCCAAGCUCCCUGCUCCCAGAAACGCCAGGCCUGCAGUAGAGUCUAGGAACCUGUGUGCCCAAGAAAGGGUCCGAGAGCUUUCCAGUGAGAACAGCAGGGACAGGAAAAUGAUCAGGCCAGGAGUCUGCCAGAUGGCAGAAAGGGCUCCCAGCAGAAUGAGAACCUCAUACUCCAGGGCAGGCCAUGACCACUGGAGGAAGGACAGCACAUCCCAGGAGGCCUCUAAGCCCCCCAGACUCAAAUGCCAGCAGUCCACACACUGGAGUAGAGGAAGCCUGGAGGGCAGAGGGAUUAAGCAGCAGUCUUCCUCCUGUUCCAAAGACACCCCCAGCUUCAAAGGGAGUCUCCACUCAGCCCCAGGGAGUCUGAGCAUGACCCUUCUGAACAAGAAAUACUGGUCCCUACACCUGGCCAACCUCCAGCACUCAGCCCCCAACCUGAGCCUGAGGGGUUCUGAUCUUACCCUGCUUCCUCCCAAAGUGGGUGACCCACAUGGAAGGCAGGACAGCACUGGAGUCCACGCUUCUCCAAAGACGGACCUUCAUCCACCAGGUCACCGCUGUGCUGGUGUGAUUCUUCCCAAGAUGGGAAGCCUCCAGGGUCAAGGGGAACCUGAAAACCCAAAUGGGGCCUCACGGAAUCCACCAGCUUUAAAAAAGUUUGGUUUUAUGAAACACAUGAGGGGUUUUCUGCUCCGGCAUUGCUUUAGAAAAUAG